CCUGCCUUCUCCAUGCAGCAGGUCAUCAGUGUCUGGGUACGGGACCCACGGAUGCAAAAGAAUGACUUCUGGCAUGCCUACAUAGACUAUGAAAUUUGUUUACAUACCGACAGUGUGUGCUUCACCAAGAAGAUCUCACAAGUGAGAAGGAGAUACAGUGAGUUUGUAUGGCUCAGGCGAAAACUGCAGGCAAAUUCGAUGCUAAUGGUACAUGUACCAGGGCUGCCCCCCAAAAACCCUUUCUUCAGUCUUAAUAACGCUCAGCAGAUCACUGAUCGAAUGAAAGGGCUCCAGAAAUUUUUGGAACAAGUCCUUCAGAACCCUCUGCUGCUGUCCGACAGCUGCCUUCACCUUUUCCUACAGUCACAGCUUAGCGUGCCUAUGAUAGAGGCCUGCGCUGCUGGAAGGACGCACUACUCUGUGGUUCAGGCUGUGCAGCGCUGCGGCCUCCGGAGAUUCCACUCAGAAGAGGAUCUGCACAAUAACCUCAAAAUUUCCUGUGACUCUGACUCAGAUAGCUCCGAGGGUAGGGAUCCAGAACACAAGAUUAAAGAUUUGGAAGCUUCUUCUCUUGAUCUCAUUGAAACGAGCCAGGAGGAAGAGUUGAGCUGCUUAUCUCGUUCUACAUGAAAGCAUCAUCUUCAUACUGCUGACAGAAUGUGGGAGUCUCUGCACCCAUACAAUGUUUUGGAUGAGCGAAGGAAAAAGCUAUUACCGUAAACCUGUUACUGUACUUAACAUGGCUUGUCUUAAUUAUUUCAUUUAUUUAAAAAAAGCUUCUUUUGUUCUUGAUGAGACGUUUUA